AUGGGCACGGUGCUGUCGCUUUCCCCUGCUUCCUCGGCCAAGGGCCGGAGGCCGGGAGGGCUGCCGGAGGAGAAAAAGAAGGCGCCGCCCGCGGGGGACGAGGCGCUGGGGGGCUACGGCGCGCCGCCGGCCGGCAAGGGCGGCAAAGGCGAGAGCCGGCUCAAACGGCCGUCCGUACUCAUCUCGGCGCUCACCUGGAAGCGCCUAGUGGCAGCCUCGGCCAAGAAGAAGAAAGGCAGCAAAAAGGUGACGCCCAAGCCAGCGUCCACCGGUCCCGACCCUUUGGUCCAGCAACGCAACCGGGAGAACCUUCUCCGCAAGGGUCGCGACGCCCCCGACGGCGGCGGAGCAGCCAAGCCCCUGGCCGUGCCGGUGCCCACGGUGCCCGCGUCCGCUGCCACCUGCGAGCCCCCGUCGGGGGGCAGCGCGGCCGCCCCGCCACCAGGCUCAGGCGGGGGAAAGCCACCUCCGCCGCCACCUCCAGCCCCGCAGGCGGCACCGCCAGCGCCCGGAGGCUCGCCGCGACGGGUCAUCGUGCAGGCGUCCACCGGCGAGCUGCUCCGCUGCCUCGGCGACUUCGUGUGCCGACGCUGCUACCGCCUCAAGGAGCUGAGUCCCGGCGAGCUGGUGGGCUGGUUCCGCGGCGUGGACCGCUCGCUGCUGCUGCAGGGCUGGCAAGACCAGGCCUUCAUUACCCCCGCCAACCUGGUGUUCGUGUACCUGCUGUGCCGCGAGUCGCUGCGCGGGGACGAGCUGGCGUCGGCCGCCGAACUGCAGGCCGCCUUCCUCACCUGCCUCUACCUCGCCUACUCCUACAUGGGCAACGAGAUCUCCUACCCACUCAAGCCCUUCCUCGUGGAGCCCGACAAGGAGCGCUUCUGGCAGCGCUGCCUGCGCCUCAUCCAGCGGCUCAGCCCGCAGAUGCUGCGGCUCAACGCCGACCCCCACUUCUUCACGCAAGUCUUUCAAGACCUCAAGAACGAGGGCGAGGCCGCGGCGAGCACCGGGGGUCCACCGAGCGGAAGCGCGUCCACCACCUCCUCGUCGACCGCCAGGGACAGCUGCGCGGCCGGAGCCAAGCAUUGGACUAUGAACUUGGACCGCUAGGGAUUCCCAGGGGCCGCGCCCGCCCCCCGCCCCAGCCCCUCACACACACCCGGAACCCCCGGGACCAUCAAGCCACCGUCGCUAUUACCGCUGCUCUAUGCCCAGGCUGGGCCGAGGAGGAGCCGCCCCUGCCCCACAGGGGAAGGUGGAGGCUAGGACACCAGAGGCCGCGGUGUCUGGAUUUACUGGGCGUGGGGUGGGCGUGGGGGAUGAUCGCGGGAAGUGCACCCCCAACUUCGUUCACCCUUUCCGUCUGUCUGCGCCUCCAUCUUUCCAUUUCUGCCCUGGUCUCCCUCUUCCCUGCUGUGGGCAUCUCAAAGUCCUCCACCCUGGGUUUUGUCCAGUCCCUCACUUUUCUGUGU